AUAACAGUUUUGGCCAUACAUUGGAAAAAUGAUGCAGCCCAUAAAUGAAUUGCAUAAACAGUGGAUCACACAACUUGGGAGACACUGGAACACUGAGGCGUCACAAAGCUCCAUAAUCUUUUUGGUGUGUAUCCCAUACGGCGACUGUUAAAAGUCAGGUUGAAUUCCAGCGCACAUCAGGAGUGCAUGCCGUCAAAAAGACCCAAAUUAAAAAAGACAAUGUGUUAAAGAUACUUUCCAGGUCUGUGUCACUGAUCCAAUCGAAUGUGUGCCGUCACGACUCAACUCCUCUUCGGUCGACUUCUGCAUCGUAACAUUUGGGAGAGAAAAUUAGUCGCGUAGAAAAUCACUGAUUGCCCCAUGAGAGUCAGACGCACCUGUGCGGGCAGUGCGGCUGUCAAGCAAAUGUUAUGUCUGACCAUUCAAAUGCGAGUUUAAUCUGUUGGCUGAACUUUUGCCACUUUAAUGCAAACAAUGAUUUUGGUUUUCAGUGUACCAAGGGGCCAAAAUUUAAAAACGCUGCGGAAUAUCCAUGCUAAAUAGAAAGCAUGGAAAACAAAAUACAAGCAAAGGUUUUGGCAGACAGAAGUAGCCCACGGAAGAAGACAGACAUUUCUGCAUAAACCAUUCGAAACAUAUUUCUCUGAUUUUAUGUUUAUAACGUUACGAUAGUAAAGUUCAAAAGAUGAAUUAGGUCUAAUGAAUUGUGUUGGAAGCAGUACAAUUAUGAUCGACUCCUUCUUCUUAAUAACAAUUACAACAAUAAUAACAACAACAAUAGGAAGAAAAUGGCGAUGAGACGUAUCCAAUGAGAUUGAAUUAAGAACAGUUUAAACUGACAAAAUAGAUCAUUUUCCCCCAAGUGCAAAUUAUUCACAAGGAACGUGACAUUCCCCUGUCUUCAAAAAAGCAACAUCAGCGGAAUAACACGUUCUUGGCAUGCAACGACAAAGCAAAUAUUUCUUACUCAAGUCUUUUUGUUUUAAUAUGCAACUUUACACCUCCGCUUACAAAACUUUUAAAAAUACAAAACGCAUAGAAUAGUUUCUUUGAACAACUCACAGAGGGCAGUAUUGAGUGUUCUCACAAAUGUCAACGGAGUACGCCCCCCUUGGCUUUGGACAUCGGGCCUACUGGGGUGCGGGUCUGUCUACUUCUCCUUCGAUCUUCAGCUUGAAGAAUGGACGCUUUGGCUGUCCCACAAGACAGGGGAAAGGGCUGGUAUAUCUCCCUCAUGGCACCUAACACCAAAGGACCAACAUUUGCUUGGCUAGACCCGUCAAGGCUGUAUUGCAACUCCCAGGCAUUAUCUGACUGUGUGAAGGACCUGCUGAAACCAUUCCAGAAUGAGUCGAUUGACAUUGUUGCUGGCAUAGAUGCCAUGGGAUUCAUUCUAGGGUCUGCUGUGGCUACCACUCUUGGGAAAGGCUUCCUAGCCAUCCGUAAAGCAGGACAUUUGUGUGUUGAAACUCAAACCCAAGAUUACAGUGACUAUUCAGGACGAGAGAAACUGAUGGAAGUGCGUCUGGAUGUGCUCAGGCCAGGCCUGAGGGUACUUAUAGUGGAUCAGUGGAUUGAGACAGGGGGUACCAUGAAGGCAGCCAUCCAGCUUGUGGAGAAGCAAGGAGCCACGGUGGUGGGUGUUGCUGCAGUAGCCAUUGAGAACAGCGAGGGAGGAAAGUGGAUAAAGCAGAACUAUAAGCACUCCAACUGCAUCCCAGAGGAACUCCAGUCUCAGAUCGACAGCCAGUACCUGGAAUCUUUCAAGGUCUUUGGCCCAAAAAAACAGUGAACCCCAGGACACAGUGUGGGAAUGAGAGGUGGACUGUCAGAAAUGCGUGGGAAGCUUACAGUGUCUUUUCCUGAAGAGAUACAGACAGACAGAGCCAAAGAUAACAAUCUCUCAAGGGAGCCUGUAUCUCUAGCAAUCACAUGAGGAUGGUGCAGUUUUGCACAUGUUUGGAUUGUGCCUUUUUUUUCACCAACCACAAGGUGGAGCUAUAUGCAAAAUAGAGUUUCUAAAUAAGAAAUGGCCAGCAAUUGUUUUUUUCUUUAAAAAGUUGCUUCAGCCAUAAAAUGUUGCAGGCAAAAUAAAUUUGUGUUGAUAGAAACUACAAGGAAUACUAAUAAAAGAUGUAAUGAUAUAUUAGGUACUGACAAUGAUAAGCAGGAUUCUAAAACGAAGUGCUUUCACUACAUGUGGAUGUGUCUCACCCAUGUUCUGUAAUGUGAUUUAGAGAACCCAUAUGGAACAUAUAACUCGAUUUUCUAACAUGGUCAUUUUCUAACAUGUAUAACCAAUAAUAAGAAAGACAUACUUGGUUGACAUUACCUCAGAAAGGUUAUCUUUAUUUUCUUUAGCAGUCUUGUGUGAUGUUUGCAUAACUUGACAAAAAUAAAAAAAAGCAAAAA